GUAGCACGAGGAGGCCGUGAAAAUUCGCCCGUAGCUGUAGACUGAAUCAGCCGGCUUUGAUUCAGUCAGUGUAAUUGAAUCUAUUGCUGAAUCUCUUACUCUUUCUCACCACUAUCUUCCUCUAUGCUAUUCUAUAUAAACAACGAGAUAAAUGCCAUCUGAAACAGCUUCAAGCCAUUUGCUAACAAGUUCUAGCUUCUUUACUAAUUUUAUUUUCUGAGUCUAUCAAAUUUCCUCUCCAAUGGCGUCAUCUUCUCCAUUGAACAUUCCUGCUUCUGCUGCCGCCUUAUUUCAAGAUCUUCCAAAGGAAAAAUGGUGGGGGAUCAUUGAGUACGUUCAGUUUGAAGGGUUCUGGUACUCUGCUCCCCGCCUUCAAGCUUCUCUCACUGUCAGGUCCAACUUUAAAGCUCUUGACGAUGAUGUUAUUCUGGCUUCUUGUCCCAAGACCGGCACCACUUGGCUCAAGGCCCUCAUUCCAUCCAUCAUGAAUCGUACAGGAGAAUUUAAAGACGACGACAGCGAUGAUCCUCUCCUCAAAAACCAUCCAAACGCCUUCAUGCCUUCUCUGGAAAUGAAAAUUUUCAGAGACACCCCAAAUCCUGAUGUCUCCGAUUUGGUCUCUCCAAGACUUUUCCGAACUCACGUUCCGUACACCAUGCUCUCAGAAUCCGCUCAGAAAUCAGACUGCAAAAUCGUCUACAUCACUAGAGAUCCUAAGGACGCGUUCGUGUCGUUUUGGCACUUCAUGAACACAAACGUGCCACCAUCACUUGGCAAACUCCCUAUAGAUUCUGCGUUUGAGAGUUUCUGCAAAGGGGUUUAUCCAUUCGGGCCGUUGCAAGAUCAUGCUUUGGGCUAUUUUCAGGAGAGUCAAAAGAGACCUGAGAAAAUACUUUUUUUGAAAUAUGAAGAGCUGAAGAAAGACCCGAAAGGGCAAUUGAAAAAAAUAGCUUCAUUCCUGGGAAAGCCUUUCGCUAAUGAGGAAGAGGUUGAUAGAAUAUUGUGGAGGUGUAGCUUGGAAAGGCUCAAGAGCUUGGAGGUGAACCAGAAUGGAGUUGACCCUUGGGAUGGGUUGGCUUACAAUACAUAUUUCAGGCUGGGUAAUGUUGGGGACUGGAAGAACAGUUUAACCCCGGAGAUGAAAGACCGACUUGAUGAAAUUACAAGACAGAAACUCCAAGGGUGUGAUCUAGUUUUCGGGAGCUAAUUGUCCUGGAUAAUGAUCUUCUGGUUUUUUUUCCGGAAUAAGGCUGCAGUGUCCAUUUUUAAUUGCUUUUUAUUUCCUCCGUUUUCAUUAUAAUUCUUAAUGAAUCGGGUACUAGUCUUUGUUUUUGGGAUGUCAAUUAAACUUGUUCAAGUUCUUUGUGGAGAGUCAA